ACAUAUCGCGAACAAAAUUGCGAAUUAAAUCAAUCAAUCAAAUCAAACAAAAUAACACGAUCAUUCGUUUUGGGAAACUCAAGGUUUCACUUCAAAACGCUACGUAUUUUUGUUUCAAAAGCGCCUUCAUUUUAGUUUGUUUCGCUUUAGUGUAGUGUUGGUUGUGAUCUACAAAUCGAAUAUUUUACUUGAUUCGGACAGUAAACUUAACAUUUAUUGUAUUAUCUUCACGGACUGGUAUGAAUUUGGAAAUGGAAGAAGUUUUGGAAAAGUUGCAAGCAACGUUCGUAAGCGAUGAACCCGCCGAAAAAACGAAUUUUCAAGAUCUUUAUAAAAACUGGGGAAGACUUGGGAACCAGGAGGAAAGACGUAAGGAGCUUCUCGAAAUCCAAAAGCAUGAUCGUCAAAACAAGCUUGACAAAUUUAGAGGAAUUUUUGAAAUCGUACAAAGAAAUGAAGAUAGAGAUAUUUUCAAAACACAAUCGAGGGUUAACUAUACUCCAAAUAUAUAUGUUGCUGGAUUUAAUACAAGCCCUUCAUAUUUUGAAGUUCUGAUGCUCUCAGAAUGGAUAAUAGAGAAACCCGAAGAUUUUUAUGAUAAUUGGUACAUAACACCAUGUCCAAAGGGAAAAAGGGUACUGGUGGUUGCAAAAGAUGGUAUAACUAAGUUAUACACCAAAUGUGGUAGAUUUGUAACACAAUUUCGAACUGCUUUACCUGGUGGUAACCCAGCUAGCAAACGAGCAUCUUGCACUGUGAUAGAUUGCUUCUAUGAUUCGCAGCAUCAAACACUUCAUGUCUUGGACCUUCUAGCAUGGAAUAACCAACCUAUGACAGAUUGUGAAACUGAAUUCCGACACUUUUGGCUUAAAUCACAAUUUUCAGAUUUGCCACAACUAAAUUUUCUAAGUAAAUUAAACAAAAUAAAAUUUAACUUGUUGCCAAUGAUACUCUGUACACCAGAAUCUCUGAAUAAUUUCAUGAUGACCUACCCACCAUUCAGAAACUUCAUUCCGGCCUUGGAUGGAUUGUUGUUUUACCACAAAAGAGCACAUUAUAUAUCAGGGGAAACACCAUUAGUGGGUUGGCUGUAUCCUUUCAUGGUGCCAGAAGUAUUAGGAUCAGAUAUUACUGUAAACCCGAAUUAUAUGCUAGAAAAGCCAAAGCAAUAUGUGGAUCAGGCAACUUUUAUCCAGAAUUUUGAAAUAAAGUAUGCAAAAAGGAGGAAUAGACGGUCCAAAGGUCAAAUGGAUAUAAACGAUUAUAGUUCAAAUAUAAGUAACACAGACAGUUCCGGGAACAACAAAGACGACGCAAUGGAUGCCGAAGAAGUUGUGAAACAGGAUAUGAAGGAAAUUACUGAAAACCAGAAGCAGAAUCAACUAAUAUUGGACCAAAGACUAAAAGUGCCAUCACAUGCAACAGACAGUCCUAAGGAAAAGAUGGAAGAAGUAGAGAAUUCCACAUAAUUUAUUUAAAUUACGUGUGAUUUUCACUCUCAAGUUUUAGCUGUUGUCGCCAAUAUCUGAAUCGUAGGAAAAAGUAUAUAAUGGUAAAACCCAGUUUCGAUGUAUUGAUUGUAUGUUUGUAUAUUAUGCAUGUAACCUGGGAGUAAACAUAAUUGAAAACCAAAUAGAAUGAUGAUUAGUUGGCCAGCUAUCGACAUUUAUAAACGUCUCUUAUGCAGUGGAUAAGAUACCUUGAAACCAGCAUGAAAAUGUUGUUUUGUUAGUACUUAUAUAUUUUUUUGUAUGAUUUAUUUGAUAUCGUUGCAGCGUGUAUUUGGUUUUAAACGUUAUUUUUUGUGUUGUUUUUUUACAAGUAAUAAUGUUUUCUGUUUCUGUAAAAUGCUAAGUUUUGAUUUUUUUAUGAAGUUAAUUUCAGAUAGCAAGUAUAACAGAUAGGUGUCAAUUGACAUUUUACUUUUAAAAAAACCGGCUAAGUGCGAGCCGGACUCGCCCAUGAAGGGUUCCGUAGCCGCAAGUAACAACAUAAAAGUUCUUGUUGAUCGAUUUUUGUUUAUUUUUAUAUUUGCGUAGAUUGAAUGAAAGGUAAAUUGCGGUUUACGAUUUAUGACGUAUAAAAAAAGCUACUUACUAGAUCUCCUUCAAACCAAUUUUCAGUGGAAGUUUACAUAUUAAUGUACAUCAUAUAUUUUUUAGUUUUAUCAUUCUCUUAUUUUAGAAGUUAUAGGGGGGUAACAGUAAUAGUUCUUAUAGUUUCGGAAAAAAGUGGCUGUGACAUACGGACGGACGGACAGACUGACAUGACGAAUCUAUAAGGGUUCCGUUUUUGCCGUUUCCCUACUGUGAUUUAGAAGUUAGGUAUGUGAUCAUCUUUUAGCAGAACGAUGGAACCAUAUAACUAAAGGGGGAAGUGACAUUUUACAUGCAUUUUAGUGGCGAUGAAUGAUUCGACUGAAGUAACUCUACAAAUAGAGGCUGGUGCUUGGUAAAAAAUUACUCAAUCUAUGUAAUCAUAAUUUUUUUUAUGAUUACGAUUUAGAUUGAGAAUUUAUCUUUAAAUAAGAUAAGUUUUCGAGUUUGGAAUAAGAGGUAAGUAUGUAAGUUUUUUGUUGAUUUAUUGUUUGUUUUAUUAUUGUCAGGAGAAUAUGAGAUUAUUGCAUAAACUCAGAAGUACGUAGUUAAGUAUUUUAAACUUUUUUCAGUAAAAUUACACUGAAUGUAACCAAUAUUACAUAAAAUAUAAAAUAUUCAAUAAA